CUCUCACACCCAUCCAUCGCCCGCACCUGCCUCGCACGCCAUGAGUGACUGGGACCAAGACUCCGACGACGGCGUGGCGCCCGCCGCGCCGGCCAAGCCCGUCGUGCUGCCCCCGCGCCGCGGCGGCAAGUUCGACGACGAGGACGUCGAGGAGGAGGUCAAGGACGACUGGGAGGAAGAGGACGAGGCGCCGGCACCGGCACCCGUCGUGGCGCCGCCCAAGAAGAAGGGCACCGUCAAGCAGAAGAUUGCAGAGAAGGAGGCCGAGGAGCGGCGGAGGGCCGAGCUGGGCGUCGAGUCUGAUGAGGACGUGCCGGAGGAGGAUGCCGCCGCACGGCGGCGCGCCGAGCGCGAUGCUCAGAUCAAGGCCGACCUGGACAACGCCGCGAACCUGCUUGGCACAGCCAAGAUUGCCGUCACAGACGACUCGUCCUCGCUGCGCAACGCCAAGCCCGCGAGCAAGGAGGACUGGGAGUCGUUUGCCUCUGAGCUGUACACGACGAUGAUCCGCAAGCAGGCCUCGCGCCCCGGGUUCGACAAGCACUUUGUGCCCUUCCUCUGCGGCCUGCUGGCCUCGGAGGGCCUGCGCGACGUCGACAUGCGCAAGCUCAGCACGCGCUGGAAGGAGCUGGCCGACGAGAAGGUCAAGAAUGACAAGGAGGCCAAGCGGCUCGGCGGCAAGAAGCCGGCGGCUGCCGCGGCCAAGCCGAAGAGCGUGGGCACGAGCAGCGCGAAGAACGUCAUCGACACGCGCGCUUACGGCGACGAGGCGCUCGACGACGGCGACGACCUGGACUUCAUGUGAACGUGCUACACCCCUUGCUUUGGCAGCCACAGCCUGCAAAAUACACACUACACAUGCUCUCCACUUCUGCCUGCUCGAGCCAGCGCUUGGACAAGGCGCGCAUGUCAAUGAGCAGCGUCGUCAGCUGCAUGCAGGACUCGGAGCCGUAGCCUCUAGCACUUCAGAGCAGUCGAACAGAGCAGAAGU